UAUCUCUUAAAACUCCGCUGGUUACAGCUAUUAUUCGUCUCUUGCAGAAAAUCGCAGCGGGGAGAGAGAGAGAGAUAGACGCCAUAGAUUUUCCUCCAAACACCAUAAUCAAUUCUCUCUCUUUCUCUCUCCUAUCAGCUGCUAGUCUUUCUCGUUGAUGUUCAGUUCUAACCUUUUCGAAUCUCUUUCAGAUAUGGACGAUCAGUUGAAUGAUAAUGAGUCCUUAAUUGCUCACAUUCAACAGGUGGAGCAUGAGCGUGAUGAGUUACGUAAAGACAUUGAACAGCUGUGUAUGCAGCAAGCUGGACCUGGUUACCUUGCUGUGGCUACUCGAAUGCAUUUUCAGAGGACAGCUGGCUUGGAGCAGGAGAUUGAGAGCUUGAAAAAGAAGUUAACUGCUUGCACUAGAGAGAAGUUAAAUCUCCAAGAGGAGCUUUCGGAAGCUUACCGUAUCAAAGGCCAGUUGGCUGAUUUACAUGCUGCAGAGGUAUCAAAGGCUGAGAAAUCUAAGGAGAAGGAGGAACUCAUGUCACAGAAAUUGAAUAAUCUCCAGAAGAGGGUAGAAGAGCUUGACACUAAUUUUUUUGAAGAAAAGAAACUCACAGCUGCACUGCAGAUUGAUCUAGAGGAGCAGAACAAGCAGAAUGAGACUUUCAAAAAGGUUAUUAAUAAGUUUUAUGAGAUCAGGCAAUAUUCCAUAAAUGGCUUUUGUGAGGAUAGGAGUUGGGAAGAUAAGUGUGAGUGCCUUCUGCAUGAUUCGCCAGAAAUGUGGGAUUUCAAUGAUCAAGGGGAAACUUCUACCUCUAAAUACAUUAAUGGUCUAGAAGAACAAGUGGAGAAAUUGAGAAAAUCUGUGGAUAAUCUUCAAAACAAGUUAUCCGUGGGAUUGGAAAUUGAAAAUCAUUUAAAGAAGCGAGUCCGUGAUUUGGAAAAGAAGAAAAGUUUUUCUGAAGAAAUGAUUAAGAGGGGGAUAUCAGGGUUACAUCAUUACCAUUCUGAGCACAAGGCUUACAUCAUGAAUUUACUUGAUGAGGGAUAUUCUGAUCUUAAGUCAAUUAUUGAAGUGGUAGAAGAAAAGAUAAGGCAACUCGAUGCAAGCAGAGAACAAAGUUGGAAAUCUCCUCUAAGAGAUGUAAUGCUAGAUGAAAAUGAUUGUCGAGAUCUACAUGUAAACACAAUUGCUGAUCCCAACUUGUUCAAUAAGUGGAAUGUCCCUAGAUUGCCAAACUCCAUGGCUAUUGCUAGUGGUGAUGCCUCUAAAGCCCUUGCGCAGGCAUUACAAGAAAAGGUUGCAGCUUUAUUGCUUCUAUCACAACAGGAAGAAAGGCAUUUACUGGAGAGAAAUGUAAGUGCAGCUCUUCAGAAAAAAGUGGAGGAGCUUCAGAGAAACUUACUUCAGGUGACAAAUGAAAAGGUAAAAGCUCUUAUGGAGUUAGCACAAUUGAAGCGGGAAUAUCAACUUUUACAAGAGAAAAUCAAUAAUGAGAUGAAACAAGGAAAACUUUUGGCUGAUAUUGGGGAAAAAAGGAUUGUUCCGGACAGCAAUGGAAGGUUGAAAAACAUGCUGAAGAGAACAUAUCUGAAACGCUGGAUUGGUACAGUAGAUUCUCCUGGAUAUGGAGAUGAAGCUCACCUGAAAGGGAAUGUAAGCGAUAGACGGUCUAAUUAUAGCAUGGAUAUCGCCAGGAUGAAGAUUGAAAAUGCAACCCUUAAGGAGAGCUUGGAAAGUAUGGAGCAUUUGACAUCUGCAGUUCGUAGGCUUCGUCUAUCACUCUUAAAGGUUAAAGAAUCAGUUGCAUCCGAAGGUACAGUUACUGGCCCAUUAGAAGCUCUUGAUGAUAUUAUUACUGAGGCAAAACUCGUGAAGACCGCCCUCGGCAUCUCCCUUCCUGUCAGUUGGUCAGCUGAGGCAAAUAUCAUAUCCUCUGGCAAAAGUUUUGAUGAGGAGACAAAUAAUGUUGGCAGGGACUCCAAUGGUGACAUUGAUUUUGUUUCUGCAGCUGGAUAUGAGACAGUGGAGAUCCUAAUCCUCGCUGCUCAGAUAUUGAAGGACGACAUAACUACGAGAGGUUCCAGAGAUGGAAGUUGAUUGAGAGUGAGUCCACGUAGGUGCUCGGUGAUAUGGUUUUAUAGUCUUGAAUACGAUGAAUAGAUGUAAAUGUCGACUUUGUACAGCUUGUGAUGUCCAAUCCUGGGCUUUCUGUGUGUGUUGUUCGCCAUGAGGUGGAAAGUCAACAGUUGGGAUGUAGUCAUGUAGUCAUUGUUUAUAGUUUACUUCUUCAGAUGAUAACCCACCACUUGAAUGGUUACUAAAAGUUACGAAUUGCCUGUAUAUUGUACAGUGAUAAUACAGUUGGUACAUGUUUAGUGGUUUUAUUAUUAUUAUUAUUUAUUAUUUUAGCUGAA